UUUAAUAAGUAAUGAAGACGCUGCGUGCUGACCUCUGGGAUCCUUUUCGUCUGCCCAGCGCUUUAACCCGAGGUCUCUCCUCCCUCUUUCCUUCUCUAUUCCGUGGGGGCAAACCCUAACCCUAGAAAUCUGCUUCAACUGAAGCAAAGAUGAGUGCUUGACUGAAUCUGGAGCUAGAGGCGGUUGAGGUUCCGCUCUUUGAAGGUUUUUUCUUGUACCUGAAAAUUUUGAUAAUCCAAAAUUCCAAAUGUUGCAAUUGUUGCUGAUAAUGUAGCAGAGACACUUCUACAUGCUUGAGAGAUCAAAGUUUGCUUUUGGAAGGAAUCCCGAACAGCUGCCUCUUUAGUGAAGGCAGCUAUGCUACGUACAGGACCUAAGGAAGCCCAAGGCCAUGACAACAACAAUCAGAAGGUUUAUCCUCAACCCAUAGAUGAGACAGUAAAUCCGGCAAAAGAAUCAAUGAACACCCUGAUAUCAAAAGUCUUCAACAAUGUUUCAUCUUUGAAGGCAGCAUAUAUCCAGCUUCAGGAUGCUCACACUCCUUAUGAUCCAGAUAAAAUCCAGGCUGCUGAUAAACUUGUUAUUGAGGAGCUCAUGAAGCUAUCUGAACUUAAGCAUUCUUACAGGGACAAGAACCCAAGACCCACUUCAACAUCACCUCAGGACUCUUGUCUAGCUGCUGAAAUCCAUGAGCAGCAGAGUUUACUAAAGACCUAUGAGGUAAUGGUGAAAAAGUUCCAGUCCCAGAUUCAAAAUAGGGACGCUGAAAUUGUCCAACUACAGCAACAAAUUCAGGAGUCCAGUCAGAGAAAGCUGAAGCUCGAGAAGAAACUCAAGCAGAGGGGUUUACUCUCCAAGGAACCAGAAGAGUCCGAAGAGAACCAUUUCUUCUCAGUUGAAUUAACCCCAACCCUUUUCUCUUCUUCUGCGGAAACUGUUUGUAAAUCCAUCCAUGAUUUCUCAAAGCCAUUGAUCAACAUGAUGAAAGCAGCAGGGUGGGAUCUUGAUGCCGCAGCUCAUGCCAUUGAUCCUGCAGUAGUUUAUGGGAAAAGGGCUCACAAAAAAUACGCAUUUGAGUCUCAUAUAUGCCAGAAAAUGUUCAGUGGAUUUCAAGAAGAAAGUUUCUGUGUCGAAUCUGGUCAUCUUAAUGUUUCUAGCGAGAAUUUCUUCCAUCAAUUUCUUGCUGUUAGAGCUAUGGACCCACUUGACAUACUGAGCCAAAGCCCAGAUUCUGUGUUUGGUAAAUUUUGUAGGAGCAAAUACCUCGUGGUUGUGCACCCAAAAAUGGAGAAUUCCUUUUUUGGCAAUCUUGAUCAAAGGAAUUAUGUGAUGAGUGGGGGGCAUCCAAGGACUCCUUUUUACCAAGCAUUUCUUAAGCUGGCUAAGUCAAUCUGGUUGCUUCAUAGGCUUGCCUUUUCAUUUGAUCCCAAAGUUCGGGUUUUUCAAGUGAAGGGAGGGACAGAGUUCUCAGAGGUAUAUAUGGAAAGUGUGGUGAAGGACAUAGUUAUAGAUGAGAAAGAAGAGAAGCCUAAAGUUGGGCUUAUGGUGAUGCCUGGAUUUAUGAUCAGUGGAAGUGUAAUACAUGCCCAAGUUUAUCUUUCCGGGGUUAAAUCUUCUGAAUGAUGAACUCGUCAAUAGAUGAAGGGUAACCUCUGCUGCUCUUUGCUCUCUUUAAUUUAUCUGGGUUGUACAAGUAACAAAAUGUAUAUGUAAACAUGCUGAUGCUGCAUUGUAUUCUCUCUUCAUUUGCUGACCGCAUGAACGUAUGAAGGGAUUCACACUUUGCCCUCUGAUGAAAGUUACACUAGUUCUUUCUAACGUUGCAAGAAAUUAGAAGUGUAGAUAUUUAAUUCGACUGCAGACUUUAGCUUGUAUGGUAUAAUUUGUUGAGUGUUCGGAGAUCA